GUACACCGGGCUGGGACAGUGUUUGAACGCCCUUUGCCGCUCGUUCCGUCGCUCCGAACACCCACGGCAGUGGAGGAGCAGUACCUCCCGCACCAGCCACCACGGCUCCUGCAGGGCUCCGGGGGAUUAAAACAUGGACUUGCUUUUAAGGAGGGGGUUUAAUAAAGGGCCUGGAGCCUGGCCAGCGCCUCGCCUCUGUGCCAAGCAGGGGCACCCGCCGUGCCAGCACGGGGUCCAGCGGCCCUGCCCCGGGGCGGAGCGGGGUGAGUCACCAGCCGCCGGCCCCCGGGGGGAGCGGGGCAGCCCUCCCCGAGCCCGGCUGGAGCUCGUCCACGUGUCGGGGACAUUUAAAAAGUUGGGGCAGGGAGCGAGGACAUGCCCAGACGAGCGGCUGGCAGAGCGGCGGCGCCGGGCACUUGGCGGACAUGGGACACCUCUGCCACCAUCAGCCCCCCGCGGCCACCCCCCAGCGCAGCCUGAGGAAGGCAGGAGACGCCGCGGCUCUGCCCGGGUCCCCGCUACUUCUCCUCUUCGUCCUCCUCGCCUCCUCGAUGUCUGCUUGCAAAGGUGCACCGAUGCCAUCCCAAGCACUCGAAUCAGAUGAGGAUUUGCAGCUGUUGAAAGAGAUAGAUGAUGCAUGUUCUGCUUACCUGUCCACAGAUUCUCAACCUCGGGUGAGUCAGACAGAGGUGUCCAGUACACUGGAAGAACUUUGUUUUUUGGUCAUGGGAUUUCUCCAGAAACCACAGGGUUUAGAUGAGAAAGACAACACCAAAAGGUUCUUAUUUCAUUAUUCUAAGACUCAUGACUCGGGCAACUCAGACAUCAUGUCGUCUGUCCUGCAUCCUUUACUGCAACUCGUUCCUCAGCUUAAUGAGAGAAGACUGAAGAGAUACAAACUGGACGAAGAACUUGAAGGACCCAGAGUUAUUCAAAGUAGAGGCUACUUUUUCUACAGGCCACGUAAUGGAAAGAGAUCAGUGGAUUUUCGCUAAGGAGGAUUUUAGAUUCCCGAUUUAGAACUAAAACUGCAGGAAAGCUGAGUACAUGGACGUACUGUUUUCCUUACAGUAAUUAUUCGUUAUUAAUGUACAAUCAGAAAUCACUCGAAUGUAAAUGUUCUUAAACCAGAUUCUGUUAAGAAGUUCUUUACUUUCUUGAUUAUAUUAAAAGCAUAUUAAAAUUC